UGCAUGGACGACACGCGCGCACGAGUCGACGAAGAUAUAGCCCUGGAUUCGUCUCGUUUGCGCUCGUCCACUCGGCUCGGCUCUGCCGCGAGCAUCGCCGCCGCCGCCGCCGCUGCCGCUGCCGCCGUCACUGCCACCGCUGCCACCGUCUCUACUACCACUACCUCCACCACUUCCUCGACCACCGCCGCCACCUGCCGCGUCCCGAGACGCAAGAGGAAGAAGAGAAGGCGUCAGCGACUCGCUACGAGCAACGACGACGUGGUCACCUCCCGGAGUGCUACGUCGAGCAAUAACGCCGCCGUAGCCGAGGGUACCGACGCCGUCGUCGUCCUCGAGUCCGACGCUGACGCCGUCGACGCCGCCGCCGGCGCCGCCGCCAACGCAGCCACCGCAGAGACAGACCCACCGGCCGCACGGGUCGAUAAACUGAGGAGCCGCCUCCUCGGCGAGCAGAACACCGCGGCAAGCGGGGAGGCCCAACAACAAUUACGUGUUGGAGGAAGCGGCUCGCGUGCGGCCGCCUCCUCCGUCGGCACCGCCGGCGUCACGCUUCUCAAUCGGCGCGCCGGCAAGCGCUCGCCACGGCGAUGCAACGCCGCCGGCGGACGUAGAAGCGCGAUGACGAUGGACCUACAGCGGCUGAUCAACGAGGUGCACGCGAGGCCCGCGAUCUGGGACCAGAAGAACGUCAACUACCACAACCGUGACGUCAUACUGAAGAUGUGGCGGGAGAUCGCGAGGGCAUGCGAGGUGUCGACGGACGUCGCCAAGUCGAAAUGGAAACAUCUGCGCGACAACUUCCGGAACGAAUUGAAAAAGACCUAUCGGGGUAAGUGCGACGGUGUCGGCACCGAGCACGAUUCCAAAUGGGUCUGGUUCAAAAGCCUGUUCUUUCUGCGGGACCAAAUGAACUCGAGGGUGAUCGGCUGCGCCCUGUCUCAGAAUUGCGUCGGCGCGACGGUCAAUAUGCGCUCGUCGCCGGAUGGCACGCAAAUCGAACCGCAGAUCGAUAUCCUGGAGGGCCACGAGGAGACGCAGUUUGAUGACCUAGACGGUGAUUCCUGCCAAUCGUUGCUGUCCAACGAUGACGGUCUGCAUCAGGUGAUGCCGCCGCCGAAGAUGAACAAGAUAAUCGGUCGGAAACGAGCGCUAAUGGACGCGAUCGACAACGAUUACGGCGUGGAGGUGGAUCGGGAACGGUACGAGUCGCUGCAGAAAAGACUGGCGAUUGGUCCCGAGGACGAAGACGAUACCUAUCAUUUCCUCAUGAGCGUGCGAAAUCCUCUGAGAAGUCUGCCGCUCGACAGGCAAAUGUUUGUUCGUCUCAAGAUCCAGGAGUUGGUCUACAACGAGAUCAACUCGCAGAAUCAGCAGCAACAGCAGACCACGAGCCGCGGAGCCUAUGACGCUUCCUCGCAGAACCAAGACGUAAAACCCCCACGCACCGGAAACGGUGGCAAUGGAGUUGCCGAUGUCGUCAGCGAUAUGUCCAAUCCGGCGUCGUUGCUGCAGAACUGUACGCCCGAAGGUUCCGGCGAUGACGCCUUCUUCGGCUGACCGUAGCCCGUUCGCAGUUCAAUUCGCGAAUAGACGUAAGAAUUAUAAUUUUAAUAGAGAAUAAACAAUGGUAUUUUUUCAGUAA